AUGGUAGAAGGGGUGCUGAAUUCUCGGGCUGUUCCUGCUGUAACGAGCUCUGCGAGUCCAGUGGUCUACCCUGUGAGAGGCGCGAAAUCCUGGAAUGCCUGGCCACUCGGUGCUCCACCGAGUGGUGCUCAACCGGCGUUCGCUUGGGGCUCCGUCUGCGGUGGCCCCGAUGCUCGCCUGUUCGCCUCUAUGCUCGUGUUUAAAAAAGUGCCUCAUAUUCGUAAAGCUCAUAUGUGUUUCCGGGCAUGUGCUUUCGCGUAUUUCUUUAAUUGA